AUGGAGGCCAGAGCACAGAGUGGCCGCGGGUCUCAGCCUUUGCUGCCGGCGCACUGUGACAGUGGCAGGCAGCGUGGGGAGCCCGGCCCUGGAGAAGCCCUGUCCCAGCAGGUACAGGUUUUGUCUCUGGAUCAAAUCAGAACCAUCGGAAACACCAAUGAGUACACCGAGGCACCGACUGCGGGCCCCAGACCCGGACUGCAGCCCGCUCCUCGCCCCUCCACUCAGCACCAGCCGGAGAGACUCCGCGGUCUGCCGGAGCACCGCCCGCCUCCCAGGCUCCAGCUCUCGCAGGUUCGUGUGUCUACUCGAGCCCCUCUGCCCAGGUCCAUCAGCACCGUCAGCUCAGGGUCUCAGAGCAUCCUCAGGACAAGUACCAGCAGCAGCUCCUCGGAACGGAGGCGGUUAGGACCGUCCUUCUCCUCUGGUCCACUUGCUGAUGGGAUCAUCCUGGUGCAGCCCAAAUCUGAGCUCAAGCCAGGUGAUCGCAAGCCACUGAGCGUGGAAGAUUUGGGCCUGCACGCCUACAGGUGUGAGGACUGCGGCCAGUGCAAGUGUAAGGAGUGCACCCGUCCCAGGCCCCUGCCAUCCAACUGGAUCUGCAACAAGCGGUGCCUUUGCUCGGCCCAGAACGUGAUUGACUAUGGGACCUGCGUGUGCUGUGUGCAAGCUGUCUUCUACCACUGUUCUGACGAUGAGGAGGACGACUGCUCUGACAACCCGUGCUCCUGCAGCCCCUCUCACUACUGUGCGCGUUGGUCGGCCAUGGGUCUCAUGUCCGUCUUUUUGCCUUGCUUAUGGUGUUACCCUCCAGCCAUGGGUUGCCUUAAAUUGUGCCAGGGGUGUUAUGAUUGGGUUACCAGGCCUGGGUGCCGGUGUGAAAACUCAAACACAGUCUGCUACAAAGUUCCCACUGUUGCCCCUGAGGCACUUUGA